GAUGACAAUGCUAUCCUCCAGAUGUCCCUGAAGCUGGCCAGCAUCUAUGCGGCUCAAAACCAGGACAAACUCGCCCUGGCCGGCUACCAGUUCUGCAUCCUGACCCUGGAGGAGAAGGUCGCUAAGCAGAAGGAGACGCCCACGGACGCCUUGCCAGAGGAAGAACGAGUCAACACUCACCUUUUACUGGCCAUGAGUUUGGACUCCUACGCCCGCUAUCUCCUGGCGCACCAUCAGACAGCGCUGGCCCAGACGAUGUACGAGCGCGCCCUGAAGAUCGCGCUGGAGGUCAACGGGGAGAGGCACCCCCAGACCGUGGUGGUGAUGAACGAUUUGGCCACGGCGCUGGACGCUCAGGGGCUUUACGAUGAAGCCUACGCCCAGGUGAGCAGAGCCGCGGAACUGGCCCAGCAAACUGAGCACACGGAUACCCACGUUAUCUUGAAUAACCUGGCCGGCAUCCUGAUCCAUAGAGGAGAAUAUUCCCAGGCCAGGCAGGUUUACAAAACCGCCUUGGAAGUGGCCGAGAAAUCUGGCGACGGCGUCGCUGUGCGAUACAUCAUGAGGGAACUGACUCAGCUGGCCAAGAGGAAGCGGAUGAGAUCCAAAGGGAAGUCCGGAUUGGAGGAGACGGACGCGGGCAAGGAUGGCGCCGAGGGGCAGAAGGAGUGACCGGCCCGGCUUUCCGCCAUUGGAGUCCGAAUUGCAAUAGGCUUUCUUUUCCGCUUGCGGGGUCAACACGGCGCGGAUCGCGUGGGGCAGCCCUCGAUCUGCGCCCUGCUCACGAGGACGGCGCCUAGGGGAUGCCAGCUGGAGGGCAGAAGGCGAGGACCCCCGAGAACAGCCCCAAUUUGGAGCCCCCGGGGCCGAAUAAAGCAGAGAUAUCUGCAGCUUAAGCAAUAAAAUGUAUUAUUUUUAAAUUUCCCCAGUCAUGCCACUAGACCUCAUGGAGGCUUGCAAAAGGCAUCCCCCUCCUGGUUGGCGUUAACUACAGAUUAGAUUUAACGGAGUUGGAAGGGACCUUGCAGGUCAUCUAGUCCAACCCCCCCCCCCAGCAAGAGAACCUACAGACCAUUGUCAGGUUGUCCUUGAUAUACAACAAGUUCGUUUAGUGACCGUUUGGAUCUCCGGGGCCGAAUAAAAGCGGAGAUAUCUGCAGCUUAAGCAAUAAAAUUUAUUAUUUCCCAGUCGUCUCACUGGACCUCAUGGAGGCCUGCAAAAGGCGUCCCCUACAGGUUGGCGUUAACUACAGGCUGUCCUUGACUUACAAAAAUUCAUUUAGUGACCGUUCGAAGUCGCAUUGGCGCUGGAAAAAGGGACUGUUUGUCACACUUAACGACCGUUCCAGCAUCCCCAGGGAUCGCGUGAUCAAAAUUUGGGAUUUUCUGCCCAGCAGAGUCAGUGGGGGAAGCCAGCCUCGCUUAACAACGGUGUUAUUAAUUUAAACAAUCGCGGUGAUAACGCUUAACAGCUGUGGAAAGUAUAGUGGAACGGGCCAAAGCUCACUUAGCAGUUGUCUCACUUAGCAACGGAAAUGUUGGGCUCAAUUGUGGUCGCAAGUCGAAGACUAUCUGUACGACAAAAUGUGGGGCAGGUAGGAAAGGCCAACAAGGAGAAUGAGGGGAAGAAAUGUGAAUUUGGGAUGCAGAGAUUUCCGUGGAAGGAACAAGAUUUGAGACUUGGCCUCGCUCCGGCUGGAGACCGACCGGACCUUUUGCUUUUGAUCCGGAGAAAAAGCAGCUGAUGGUUUGGGAGGGAAGACAGGAAAAGGAGAAGAGAGUUUACGGGAAGGAAGGGCUGAAAAAGAAAAUUAAAAAAAAAAAAAACAAAAA